AUGGAAAUAUUUCGAAAGGCAGCGAUUGUGCGGCUUCAUAGCCACAACGGAAAGUACCUAACCGCCGACGAAGAUCAAGAAUCCGUUCAUCAAGACCGUCGUGGCACAACUAAAAACACCCGAUGGACCGUUGAGAUUGUUCCUGGAUCCAAUGUCAUCCGUCUUCAAAGCUGUUACGGCAAAUACCUUACAGCCUCUAAUACUCAUUUCCUCCUCGGAGCCACCGGUAAAAAGGUACUUCAAACCUUACCGGCAAAGUUGGAUUCGUCGGCCGAGUGGGAACCAAUAUCGGACAAUGGCAAACACGUACGGUUCAAGAGUCGGUACGGACAUUAUCUAAGAGCUAACAAAGGUGUACCGCCUUGGAGAAACUCUAUCACACACGAUAUCCCUAGCCGUACGGUCACUCAAGAUUGGGUUUUGUGGAGUGUUGAUGUUCUCCAUAUCCGAGUUAUCAACGAUGAUGCUGAAUCUACUCAUAGUUCUUCCGCAUUUUCACGGGUCGAGUCAGGUGAUUCAUUUACUGUGACCUUACCCCCAAAACCCGAAGGUAGACUGAUAUAUUACGAGGUUAGAGAUGAUUGUGGGAACAUACAUAACGACGAAGACAUAGAAGAAAAAACAUUGAUAUUCCAUGGAAGCGAGUUAACAGAAUUGAAGAAGCAACUAGAGGAAGAAACAGGGAUCAAAGAUCUUAUUGUUUGCUCUAGAAAUCCUUUAAAUGAUGAGAAGCUUUGUCCUCUUCAGUUGCAUCUCCCUCCUAAUAACGCAACAAUGCACGUCAUCAUCGUUCCUCCUUCACUCGGUACUAGCUAA